UUUUAAUUUUGCCAUAUAUAGUGAUUUUUGAAUUCACGUAAUUUUUAAUUUUAGGCUUACGUGCUUUUGUUUUCUACGGCUGUACAAAAAUAGACAGCGAGACUGGCUUUGAAUGUUGCGUCGACAACGACUACGACGACGCCAGUUAUUUGUCAGAGAAUCUGAAAUAUGAAGAUUGUAGAGAAACCCAAUGAAACUGUUCAAAAAAUCUCUUCUACAACUGAUAUAAGAAAUAAAGUUUAUCAAACUAACUAUACAUGGACUAUAAAAAACGCCAAGGUGUUGUGGAAAUUUGAUAAAUAUAAUGGCUUAAAGUCAGAAAGAUUCUCUGCUGAUGGUGGUGUAGCAAAUUCAUAUUUAAAGUUCCAUAAGGCAGACCCGGACGUAUUCCUUGAAUUUCAUUCGUCUAUAGAAACGAAUUAUGACUCUAUAAUAAAUUGUAUACUAAAUAUACCGGCCCUGGAGUAUGGUAAAGAGUUUCUAAUUAGCUCUAUAAAAUAUCCAUUCUAUCUUGGAUCACUUAGCGAAAUCAACAACAAAAUUGAAAAAAUUUAUAUUGAUAAGAUAAUUAUAUAUUUUGAACUUAGUAUACAACAAAUAAAUGGAAUUGAAAAUUCCGCAGAUGCAAACUUCAAACCGCGUAUAGAAAAAAACAAUGGCAAGCUACUAAAGGAACUUGGGGAUUUACUCCAUGAUAGCAAGUUCACUGAUGUGAUCAUCAUAUCGGCCGAUAAAAAGGAACUACGAGCCCAUAAGCUCAUACUGGCAGCACGAAGCGAAGUGUUUAAGGCAAUGUUUAGCCAUGAGCUGGAGGAGAACAAACUAAAUGAAGUGUCUAUAAGCGAUUUCGAUGCGGAGGUUAUACACGAAAUGCUGAAAUAUAUGUAUACCGAAAAACUGACGAAAUUGAAUGAUUUGAAUGCAGAUCUUUUAGCCAUUGCCAACAAGUAUGAGCUGCAGGAGCUCGAACAAAUGUGCGUAGAUUCGCUGCUUGAGCAUCUUUCUAUCGAAACAGCAGCAGAAGCAUUCCAGCUGGGCGAUCUGUACAAUUGGCAAAUACUAAAAGAUAAAGCAAUGAUUAUCUUUGAACAGUGCACAACAAAUUGGUUGAGGAAAAACGCAUUCCAAGAACCUCAAGUACUAAAGAACAUAUUUGAGAUCAUUAUGAGUUUGCCAAAAGCUAACGUAGCCGAAGAAAGCAACGGUACAGCGGAAGCAACAACACAUUGCAAUUCCAUUUAAAAAAAUUGUGCUAAAUAACUUUCGUAUCUAUCUUAGUUUUAAUAUUGUUUAACAUUGCGCAUAUAUAUAUCGAUAAACAAAAGCCAAAGCUAG